AUGAAAUCGCAUCAAUAUAUUGAACAAUUAUGGGCUGGUCAAGUUACACAAACACCUAAUUAUCCAAUUGGUCGAAUAUAUCGUGCAGCUUUAAUCAUGAUAUCUUGUGAUCCUCCUGCAGCACGAAAGAUACUUGGUGGAUUUUCUAGUCAUUCUUCAAAAAGAGGAUGUUAUAAAUACGAUUACACCUUUCCUAUGAUUCAAGAUAAUAGUAUAGGUCAUUGGAAACCAAACUUUGAUAACUUUAGUACUAUUGCUAAUCUUCUAUACCGUUUAAGAGAAAAGCAUCAAUAUAUUGCUUAUAAAUUUAAAAAAGCAAAUUCUCAACUAUCUGAUAAAGAUUUUAAAUCACAAAUAUGUUAUUCAGAUCUUUCUGCUAAUAUAAUGAUUAUAUUUUUAGAUAAUGAAAAUAAUAUUAAGUAUUAA